CCGGUGGAUACAGCAGUGUUUACAGGUGCAGUACGUGAUAUUAAGGGCAGGCGGUCAUCACUGGGGGAAGAAAAAAAGCAGACAUACUUCCAAGAGGGAGCUGCAGUGAGGACACAGCCUGGUCACUGAGGUCAGAGAGUAAAACUGUUUGAUUAUCUGAGGAUCAGAGUGCAGCAGGCUGGAUGUGACGAUGGGGCACUCUUUGCUCUGCAUGAUGGGCUUUUUCUUGCUCAGUACUGUCAUCUGUGGAAAUGCUGAAGAUAACACUACUCAUUCACAAGAUGCUGAUAAAUCGGAGGAAGAGCAACCAACCUCAGCUCCUCCUAAGCCCACUGUGACCCUGCAGCCAUCCUGGACUCAGAUAUGCAGAGGUGAGACAGUCACUGUCAGAUGUGGAGGUGAAGAAGCUCAGUGGACGUAUGAAUGGAGACGAGACCAAGUAAACAUAAGUGAAACAUCCAGUGAAUACAGAAUCAGCAGAGCUACUGAGUCUGACAGUGGAGGAUACAGCUGCCGGGGUAGAAGAGGUUCUUCCUGGACAGAGUGGAGUGAUGUCACCACAUUGACUGUAUUAUCUCCUCCUAAGAUCACUGUGUUCCUGCAGUCAUCCUGGACUCAGAUAUACAGCCUUGUGAUAAACAGCAGUGAGACAGUCAUUGUGAGAUGUGAGAUUCAGGGAGGUGAAGGAGCUCAGUGGACGUAUGAAUGGAGACGAGACCAAGUAAACAUAAGUGAAACAUCCAGUGAAUACAGAAUCAACAGAGUUACUGAGUCUGACAGUGGAGGAUACAGCUGCCGGGGCAGACGAGGCUCGUCCUGGACAGAGUGGAGUGACAACAUCACAUUAACUGUAUUGUCUCCUCCAAAGCUCACUGUGACCCUGCAGCCAUCAAUGACUCAGAUAUAUAGCGGUGUGAUAUACAGCGGUGAGACAGUCACUGUCAGAUGUGAGAUUCAGGGAGGUGAAGGAGCUCAGUGGACGUAUGAAUGGAGACCAGACAAGUUAAACACACCUCCAACAUCCAAUAACUACAGAAGCAUCACAGUUACUGAGUCUGUCAGAGGAGCAUACAGCUGCCGGGGCAGAAGGGGAAGUUUCUACACAGAGUGGAGUAAAAGCAUCACAUUGACUGUAUCAUCUCCUCCUAAGCCCACUGUGACCCUGCAGCCAUCCUGGACUCAGAUAUACAGCGGUGAGACAGUCACUGUCAGAUGUGAGAUUCAGGGAGGUGAAGGAGCUCAGUGGACAUAUGAAUGGAGACCAGACAAGUUAAACACACCUCCAACAUCCAAUAACUACAGAAUCAUCACAGUUACUGAGUCUGACAGUGGAGGAUACAGCUGCCGGGGCAGAAGGGGAAGUUUCAACACACAGUGGAGUAAAAGCAUCACAUUGACUGUAUCAUCUCCUCCUAAGCCCACUGUGUUCCUGCAGCCAUCCUGGACUCAGAUAUACAGAGGUGAGACAGUCACUGUCAGAUGUCAGAUUCAGGGAGGUGAAGGAGCUCAGUGGACGUAUGAAUGGAGACAAGGCCAGAAAAACAUACGUGAAACAUCCAAUGAAUACAGAAUCAUCAGUGCUACUGAGUCUGACAGUGGAGGAUACAGAUGCGGGGGCCGAAGAAGCUCCUCCUGGACAGAGUGGAGUGAUAUCACCACAUUAACUGUAUUAUCUCCUCCUAAGCCCACUGUGACCCUGCAGUCAUCCAGGACUCAGAUAUACAGCGGUGAUAGAGUCACUGUCAGAUGUGAGAUUCAGGGAGUUGAAAGAGCUCAGUGGACGUAUGAAUGGAGACGAGGCCAGUCAAGCAUACAUCCAACAUCCAACGUAUAUACAAUCACAGUUACUGAGUCUGAUGGUGGAGGAUACAGCUGCCGGGGCAGAAGAAGCUCCUCCUGGACAGAGUGGAGUGACAUCACCACAUUGAGAGUAACAGUUCCCAUUAAGCCCACUGUGACCCUGCAGCCAUCCUGGACUCAGAUAUACAGCGGUGAGACAGUCACUGUCAGAUGUGAGAUUCAGGGAGGAGAAGGAGCUCAGUGGACGUAUGAAUGGAGAGCAGCCAAGUUAAACACACGUCCAACAUCCAAUGAAUACAGAAUCACAGUUACUCAGUCUGACAGUGGAGGAUACAGCUGCCGGGGCAGAAGGGACUAUUCUUUAACAGAGUGGAGUGAAACCAUCACACUGACUGUAUCAUAUAAACCCCGUCCUGUCCUCACUGUGUCUCCAUCAUGGCUGAGUCCUGGAGCCUCAGUAACUCUGAACUGUCAGGUUGAACAUCAGUCUGCAGGAUGGAGCUUCUACUGGUAUAAAGCUGUUCCUGAUCUUAAAACAUACAACUAUAAAUCCUACAAUUAUGAGCUGCUACCUGAUGGCAGUGGGACUGCACAGGACUCCUACAUCAUUCAUGGACAGACACACACAGCAGGAUAUGUGUGCAGAGCUGGAAGAGGAGACCCAGAGUAUCACACUGAUCACAGUCAACCAGAGUUUGUCUGGUCUGCAGAUGUUCAUUCAGCAGCGUCUCUCACAGUGAGUCCUGACAGAGUGCAACACUUCACCUCUGACUCUGUCUCACUGACCUGUGAGGGAAACUUCACUGAGUGGAGAGUGAGGAAGUUCUCUGAGGACGGCCGACUGUACUCUGACUGUAGGAGAAUGACUGGAUCCACAUGUAACAUCAAGACAUCAAAGUCAGAUACUGGAGUGUACUGGUGUGAGUCUGGAUCAGGAGAGUUCAGCAGUGCAGUCAACAUCACUGUACAGAAUGAUGGUAAUGUUCCUAUCCUGGUGAGUCCUGUUCAUCCUGUGACUGAGGGAGCUUCUGUUAGUCUGAGCUGCAGUUUGAAAAGAAAAAAAAUACUUUCCAAUGUGUUUUUCUAUCACAAUGACAAACUUAUUCAAAAUGAUACCCGAGGGGAGCUGAAGAUCUCUGCAGUGUCAAAGUCUGAUGAAGGUUUCUACAAGUGUCAGUCCUCAGGAAGAGAGUCAGCACAGAGCUGGAUGUCAGUUAAAAUAACUGGACGCAGUUCAUCUCCUGUGUGGUUGAUGGUUGGACUGGUUUGUGGAGUCUCUCUCAUUAUUAUUCUCCUGCUCUUGUUGUAUCGCUGCAGACAGUCCAAGUAUUCCUGCUUCACCAGGUCGAUCCAGUCUGAGAGUCACAGUCUGGGCUCCUCCACAAAUCAUGGAGUCAACCAGGAUGAAACUCAUGUGUACGACUCUCCUCAUUAUGGUACCAAUCACAUCUAUGACUCAGUUACGCAGGUUGAAGACAACAGAAAUGGAUCAGAUGAACAUCCAGAUGUCACAUACGCUCUUAUUGAACUUAAAAACUUUGAAAAGAAGCGGAAGCAUCAUAAACCAGAGCAGAGUGCUGUUUACUCUGAGGUGAAGACGGGAGCUGCAGAGGACAGUCUGAUGUAUGCUGAGGUCAAACGCCCCAAAAAAGAAAAAGCCAAGAAGAAAGCAGGAAAAUCAAGUCCUGCAGCUGAUGCAGCAGUUUAUUCUGAAGUCACAUUAGGAAGCUUUCCUGGUCAGUGAGGAGAGCUGCAGCAGCAAAGCCAAGAAGAAGCAUUUUAUGAAUCCACUGUUGCUCCUCUGCUGCCCAAAUAUCAGACACACUCAGUUUUUAGUUUUAAUGAUAUUGAAUAAUAACAUGAUAUAUAGUUGGUGCUGUCUUUUAGCAUAAAGCACACAGAGAUGUGUCCUGUUUCAGAUUCAUGCGCUUUAUAUUUAGCUGAUACUUUAAUUCAUUGUUGAGCUUUUGUAUAAAACUUUGAAUGUAUCCUGUUCCAACAGCAGCGAGAAAAAAAGUUUGAAGUCGGUGAUUUUUAGUAGCUGAUAGCAACGACUUAAAGUCAGCAGAGUUACAUUAGGAUCUGCUGGUAUGAACACCAACAAAUACUUUUGCUGUGUGAGUGUAAAGAUCUAUAUUGUGUAAAAAAAAAAUAAUUAUUUGGUAUAAAAACAUGAAAAAGCUGCUUCAUGAUUCAUUUAAUGUCAGAUACUUUUAUUGUAGUUUUAGUGUAUCUCUCUUGUAUUUUAAUCUGAAGCUGUGAAUGUUAUUUUUAUUUUUUUAAUGUUGUUUGCUGUUCUCACUUUUUCUGGAUUUUACAUAGUUUUUCUUAAAGUUAUUUAUUUUGAAUGUAGAGCACUGUGAUCAGCUCUGUUGUGUUAAACAUGGUAUAUAAAUACAUUUGACUUUGACUUCACCUUUUCUUGUAUUUUAAUCUGAGUAAAGAUUUAAGAUUGUUUGGACUUGAUUAGAUUUUCUUGGCUUUAUGAUUUGCUUUAAAGCUUUUAUUGAAGCUGCAUUGUGAUACUACCUUUUAUUUUUUCAGUAGGGCGCAGUGCUCUCCAUUUAGAAGUACUUUGAGUUCAUGUAUUACACAUAUACACAUUCCUACUAUUAUUAAUUACUAAUUAUUGAAGAAAGAAAGGUCGCAGUGAUAUUUGUGUCCAGAGUUCUGUGAGUUGAUGAUCCAGUCAUGGCCUUUGAUGAUGUUGAGCCAUCACUCGCUGUCCUGUGUUUGUCCCACAUGUGGCUUUCUAGAGGAACAAAACACAGCUGGGUGCAAAAACAUCGUCAGUAUAAACUGUGAGGUGCAGCUCUGCAUUAUUUGUCUGUUUGUUUUUAAAAUAUUAUUACUCCUCCAUCCAGAAGCAGACCUGGACAGGUCACCACUGU